CGUCGGGGGCGACCCGCAAGUGCGCAUGCGCGGCUCGCGGCGAAAGAAAAGAGGGCGGGCCUGGCUGGCUGAGUGAGUGACAGGAGGUGACAGUUGGGGCGAUUCCCUCAAGUCAGUCAGUCAAAUCAAUCAAGAGAGUGCAUAAAACACAUAAAUAAAUGUACUAUGUAAAUGUACAUAUCCUCCAGCGGCCAACACCAUGCGCAAAGCAGUUGGGUCUUUUGAGGGGUGCAGUCCUUAUGAUGCUAUGUGAUUCCUGCCCCCCCCCCCCCUAAAUUAAAUAUGAGGGGGCUACCAUGGCUUCAGGACUGGGCUAGGAUGUGGGAGGCCUGGGUUCAAAUUCCCGCACGCUCCGUGUUUCAGCAGGCAGGGCACACUUACUGUGCCUCGCAGGGUCGUUGUGCGAGGAUAAGAUGGAGGCGAGGAGAAGCAGAGCCUGAGUUCCUUGAAGGAAGGGUGGAAGAAAGAUAGAGAAAUACCCUAGCAGGCAGAGCAGAGGGAAGAGGGGAUCUGGUUCUGCAGUCCAGAAAAACCACUCUUAAUUAUUAUUUUUUAGCUGUCAAGUCACAACUGACCUAUGGCAGCCACCAGUGGAGUUUUCCAAGCAAGAGACUUUCAGAGGUGGUUUGCCAUUCCCUGCCUCCACAUCCUGCCCAUGGCAUUUGGAGGACUGCCAUCCAAGUACUAGGCAGCGUCAGGGCUACUCCAAGCAAGCUUCCAUGGCACGAGUGGUCUGAAUUUUUCCCACGGCCUGGAUUUUUCUUGGAAUUACAUCUGAUUUCCCGACAAGAACUCAGUCCUCCUGGAGAAAAUGGGAGCUUCAGAGGGCAAAAUUAUAUUCUAGGUCACGCUACCCCUCCCCAAAUUUCCCCCUGCCCCCAUAUCUCCAGGAAUUUCUCAGGCUGGAGUUGGCAACCAUAGGUGGUAAGCUGAGACCUCUCUUCCCCCCCCCCCACGCCCACUUCACAAGUGACCUUUUCUCUCCACUCCGUGGCCGGUGGUGUCAGACCCCCCCCUGUCAACUUGCCCAUCUAUGAAAUGAAUAUAGCAUCAGAAUGAAGCCAGCUGCUAAAUUUAUGUCUUGGGGGCCGAGAAACAUCUUUGGCAUUAGGGAAGGGAGGCCCUUGCUGGUGGCCUCUUUCUCUGCCUUCGCCCUGGGCUGAAGAAGACGUCUGAUCAUGUCUCAUCGGAAGUUUUCGGCUCCCAGACAUGGCCACCUGGGUUUUCUCCCUCACAAGAGGAGCCGGCGUCACCGUGGGAAGGUGAAGACGUGGCCCAAAGACGACCCCAGCAAACCCGUCCACUUGACUGCCUUCUUGGGCUACAAAGCUGGCAUGACUCAUAUCCUACGGGAAGUUCACCGGCCAGGGCUAAAGGUCUCUAAGAGGGAGGAAGUGGAAGCGGUUACCAUAAUAGAAACCCCACCUCUUGUGGUGGUCGGACUGGUGGGCUACAUCGAGACCCCCCGAGGGCUGAGGAAUCUCAAGACCAUUUUUGCGGAACACAUCAGCGAAGAGUGCAGGAGACGUUUCUACAAGAACUGGCAUAAGAGCAAGAAGAAGGCCUUUACCAAGUACUGCAAAAAGUGGCAGGAUGAAACCGGGAAGAAGCAGCUGGAGAAGGACUUUGCUGCCAUGAAGAAGUACUGCAAGGUCAUCCGUGUCAUUGUGCACACGCAGAUGAGGCUUCUGUCACUGCGUCAGAAGAAGGCCCACGUGAUGGAGAUCCAGCUGAAUGGAGGCACCGUGGCUGACAAAGUGGACUGGGCGCACGAGAAGCUGGAGAAGCAGGUCCCGGUACACUCGGUCUUCAGCCAGAAUGAGAUGAUUGAUGUUAUCGGUGUCACCAAAGGGCACGGAAUGAAAGGGGUGACAAGCCGUUGGCACACCAAGAAACUCCCGAGAAAAACUCACAAAGGCCUGCGCAAAGUGGCUUGCAUUGGAGCGUGGCAUCCUGCCCGAGUGGGCUACUCCAUUGCCCGGGCCGGCCAGAAGGGCUACCAUCACCGCACCGAACUCAAUAAGAAGAUUUACCGUAUCGGUCGUGGGAUCCACAUAGAAGAUGGCAAAGUGGUGAAGAAUAACGCGUCCACCAAUUACGACACAACAGAGAAAACCAUCACUCCCUUGGGUGGAUUCCCUCAGUACGGAGAAGUCAAGAAUGAUUUUUUGAUGCUGAAGGGCUGCGUGGUUGGCACCAAAAAGCGGGUCUUGACUUUGCGCAAGUCACUCUUGGUGCACACCAGCCGGAAAGCCCUGGAACCCAUUGAGCUGAAAUUCAUUGACACCACUUCGAAGUUUGGCCAUGGCCAUUUCCAGACGGCCCAAGAGAAGCGAGCUUUCAUGGGCCCCCAGAAGAAGCACCUGCCGAAAGGGAAGCCGGAAGCCCAGGAGGAAUUGUAAGAGGUUUCUCUCAGAAAGUCCCUUUUGGAUCAAAGCUCUACCCAGCCCCAGCCCCAAGCUGCUGCGAAUGUUGAAAUAUCUCUUGUCAAUCUCUCUGUCGUCCUAACAGGAUUGUUCUCAGUUGUUGACUCCCUGUUGUUCUGCUUUCAGCCAGCCUCUAAGCUUCCCAGUGGUUUGCAUAUAUAGCCCACAAAGGGAUGUUGGGGUUUCUUUUGACUGAGUGACCCUCAGGGGGCCAUGUUAAUCAUGAACCACUAAUGGAUUAGGUCUGUGGGCCUUGGGAGUCUUUCUUUCAGUCAGCCCAUGCAAAUUCAAAAGCCUGCCUGGGGUUGGCUCUCUGCAGCUAGUUAACAGCAGCACUUCCUUGUCAAUGGACAACUGAUUCCUCACCACCCUUGCCUGACCUAAUUCUGAGGAUGGUGUACUGCCAGCGUUGUUUACUUCCCUGAGGUUUUCCACUUAAGAAUUUAGCAAACACACAGCUGCUGGCUCUGCCACCUCUAGAGAUCCUCCGAAAUCUUGUUCCAAAUCCAAAAAUUUGCAAAGCUAGGACCAUCCCAAAGCGAUUGCAGACAUCAGUGUGUGCAAACAAUUUAAGCUUAUUUGGGCCUCUGCCAAGGAAAUCCUGGGAAACAUCCUUUUGCUUCUGGGCUGGAGAUCUCCAGGGAAGAAAGAACCCUUCAUGGAACAUGCACCUUUCUCUGGGUUUCAAUGUGGAUUAACAUUAUAGUGGCCCAGGAGGAGGAUCGGCCGCUUCGCAGUUCCCCAGUCAACCACCUGGACAGUCUGAUGCUUUCACAAAUGAAAUGGGUACGAAUAAAUAAAUAAAAUCAGCCACGCCCCAGGA